GAAAGCAGUGUGUUACAGAGAGUUUUGCAGUUACCAGUGGUGAAUUCAGCCCUCACCAACCUCCAGAGGACAUAUGCCAGUGCCAAAGAGAUUCACCCCUUGGUGGCAUCAGUGUGUGUCACCUAUGAGCGAGCCCUCCAGAAUGCCAGUUCUUUGGCUCUGUGGAGUGUGAAGCCUGUGGUACAGAAGCUGGAGCCUCAACUUGAAGCAGCCAAUGUUUUGGCUUGUCAAGGUUUGGAUCAUUUGGAGAAGAAGAUUCCUGUCCUCCAGAAACCAGUUGAGAAAGCUACCUCUGAUUUGAAGGACACCAUUCUAGCCCACCUUCGAUGUGCUGUAUGCUCUGUCAUGGACAUCUUGGACAAAGUCUUGGGACUGGCUGCUGAAAAUGAUGAUCAGUCCAAGAACAGUGUGAAGAUCAAGACAAAGAAUGCACAGGAUAGUCAAGUGAACCAGGUGGCUAAAGUUUCUGCAGUCAGCAAGCUGGAGAAGGUGGUGGAUUGGAAAAUGGAGCCCAGUUCAGCCUACAAAUCUCCAGGAGGAUGUGAUUCAAACAAGAUACCUUCUACCAGCACCUUUGGAAGUAUUAGAUCCUUAGUUGCUGCUGUUUCUCAGCUUGCUUUCAGACAGACUUCCCAAGCUAUCCAGUUGACAAAGGACAAAGGAAUGAAACUGGCUAUGUGGAUCUCAUAUUUGUUCCCUUUCCCAAAGGUUGUGGUGAAAGAAGAAGCAACAGCUAUGGUCAUGGUUCCUCCAGAGCCUUGCCAAGAACCAGAGGGUGUCCAGUCUGUUGCCCCUGACAGCAGGAAGCAUGGCGGGGCCUCGCAGCUGCAAGAGAGGCGGUCUAGUCGGGGUCACUAUCCUCUUCCCUUCCUCAACCUUGAUGAGCCCCUCACCCCCCAUCAAAGUCCAGCCCUUGAAGCUGAAUACACCACGGCCCGGAAAUCUGCUUUCUCCCCUUACAAGGAAGGGUCUAGCAGUAGGAGAUGGAGUGAAGGGCUAUUCCGUCCCAACCUGGAAGCCACCUAUGCAAGGGCACACUACUUGGGACUCUACAGCACGGCCGUCAAGAAAGACUAAGCUAGUGAGCGUGUUUGCUCACUAUGCUAGGCUGUGAUUUGUUAAGUAUGGUUUGCUAUAUAAACCGCUGUUAGAUGACUUCACACAACAUGCUGAACUAUUGUUCAGCAAGUCCAAUGGUUGAGAUCUUAUAUCACACUAAGCUAUGGCUUGCAAAAUCACAAUUGACACAAAGCCACGAAUCAUGGUUUGACAAACUACUGGGGCUGGAUUCACACAAUUCACAGAACCACAUUCUGGCUUUAGGCGGUGUGAAUGAAGCAACUGACAACUGAAACCUUCUGCUUAAUUUACUGCUUAUGUUAACUUAGUUCAAAUCUUCCCUGUGAACCUUGUGCCCCAGCCAUUACAUCUGCUGUUGUAAUGCCAGCUUAUUGGUAUAGCAUGUAAAAAUUCUCCAAUAAAAUAACCACACUUGUACUGGUUUUGUGAGGGCAAUUUCAUGCUACUUAGCCAGUUAUGCUGAAGUAUAUUUAAUAUAGCUUGAUUUCUUUUUUAUUCAGAAUUGUUGGUUUUGAUGGAGAGAGAUGAGGGUUGCAGCUGUGGCAUGGGGGAGUUAAAUUCUCUCCCCCCCCCACCCUUAUACCAUUAUUAUGACAAAAGAACCUCCACAGUAUCUGUUUUCCUCUGUAAGAGGUGGGGAAUCACAGCCUGAUAUGGAGAAAGUCCAUAAGCCACUGGCUUAGUAGCAAUGGGUUGAUCUUCCUCACUGUGCCAUAGGUAUCAUCGCCUUCUUUUUUGCCUUGACGUAUCAAAAGAAUUCACAUAUUUAAUGUAUCACUUAGUUCUUAACCAGAACUAUAGACCACCCAGUUUAAUAAAGGAAGUUAUUGUAUUCUGAGUUAGGACACACACACACACACCCCCAAGCAAUAUACUGUUGUGCUACUGAAAUUCAGUGACAAAACAGCCAAACUUGGGGCAGGACCUUUUGCCCUCAAAUCAAGAGUGGGAACAGAGGCCUCAGAGACCAAUUGCUCUCAACUCCAUUUUAAACCCCCCAGACUGACAAACAAGAGCCAGUUUGGUGU